AACAGAUAGGAAAACGUUUAAGAGACGAACACUGACCGACACGCCAUUACAGCUUCAUUCCCAAACCAAAUUCCUCUAUUCUCCGAUUACACAAAAGCUUGGGUUUUUCCAAUUCGUCUAUUCUUAUAUGCCCAACAACAACAUAGAGCAAAAGCUCGAUUUAGGUUAAAAUUCAAUGGACGGCGAUCAUCACAACCCCAAUUCUGAACUCGAAGUCGACGCUUUGUCUUCUAGGGUUUCCGAUUUCUCGCUACACGAGGACAUCCCCAAUUCGAAAGUUCAAUACCCGCCGAUUGAUAGAGAAGAUCAAAAUCAUACAGAGAAUAAGUAUAGUGAUGAACCGAAUAUGACAGAAUCUAGAGAAGAUGACUGUGAGGUACGUGGGAAGGAUAACGAGGCAUCAGAAGCCUGCCGUUCGGAGCAAAAGAAGUACUUUUAUUAUGAUGCUCCACAUUAUGAGGAUACGGGGGUUUGGAUACCUGUUUCCGUUCCCCCUAUGUUGCAAACGGAGCAUGAAGAGUGGGCGAAAGGUUUUUCCUCAAAUGGGGGGUUCUUUCCCGAGAAUGUCAUGGGUUGGGGCCAGUUUAUUGGAGAUGAGAAGGAGAUGACUAUGUGGGAUGUGAUGGUGGAGAUGUUGCUUGCGGCCCGUGGGAAAGUAAGUUCAUUGGCUUCCCCUGAUAUAUAUGGAUGUAGAGUUUCAUGGAUGUCCGACAAUCUACUUGAGCAAGCAUGGCAGGAAAUGGCCCAAACACUCACAGAUGCUAACCUGGCUCAUGUACACGAAAUUCUGGAUGCAGAUCCACCAAAGUGGCUGGCCGAUAGUUCUGCGUCUUCUUGUAUGCUCUGUGGCGUGCAGUUUCAUCCAAUCAUGUGCUCUAGGCAUCACUGUCGGUUUUGUGGAGGAAUAUUUUGUGGUGAUUGUUCCAAGGGAAGGAGUCUGUUGCCCAAAAAGUUUCGUGUUGCAGAUCCUCAGCGAGUCUGUGAUGUAUGCUGUGUAAGACUUGAGUCUGUACAGCCGCAUUUAAUGGACCAAGUAAGUCAUGCUGCUCAGGUGCCAACCCAUGAUCUUACUGACCUUAGCACUUUAAGAUCAUGGGUUAAUAUUCCUUGGGGACGGUCCAUGGAGUAUGAGAUAUAUAAGGCGACAAAUGCAAUCCAGUGUUAUAAGAAGGUAUGUGCCCUAAAGCCUGAGAAGUCAAUUCCCGAUGCCAUUCUAAGACAAGCAAAAGGCCUUGCAAUAAUCACUGCUGUCAAGGUUGGAGUUAUGGUUACCUACAAUAUAGGUACAGGACUUGUGAUUGCUCGCAGAGAAGAUGGUUCUUGGUCCCCUCCAUCUGCUGUCUCAACCUUCGGUGUAGGAUGGGGAGCACAGGCCGGAGGGGAGUUGACAGACUUUGUCAUUAUUUUGAGAACAAGUGAUGCUGUAAAGACAUUCAGUGGUAAUGCUCAUCUGUCAGUAGGAGCCGGCUUGAGUGCUGCAGUUGGGCCCUUUGGAAGGGCAGCUGAAGCUGAUUUUCGAGCAGGUGAUGGUGGUUAUGCUGCUUGUUAUACGUACAGCUGCAGUAAAGGCGCAUUUGUUGGAUGUUCACUUGAAGGCAGCAUUGUAACCACCCGCACACAGGUGAAUUCUCAAUUUUAUGGCAGCCAGUCACUGAAUGCAUCAGAUAUACUUCUUGGCUCGUUGCCUAAGCCACCUGCGGCUGCCACUCUCUAUCGUGCACUUUCAGAUCUAUAUCAGAAGCUUGAUCGUUGACAAAGUUGAGUACGCGUCUUAUUUAUGUGCUGAACCACUGAUCGUGGGGGGCGGGGGGAAUAAAUUGUUGAACUGUGUCUAUAUGUUUAUGUGCAUAUGCUGUGAAAGUUCUUUGCUGCCAUUCUUUGCCCAUGAAACACUUCAUGGGGUAUAGCAUGUCCACGGGGAGUACAGCAAGGGAACAAAAACGUUCCUUAACAGAUAAAGCUUUGCUUUCUAUUGUCAAAUAACCUUUAUCAACUUCCUGUAUAUAUUCAUACCAUCUUCCUUUGUAUUUGUAAAUAUGACCCAUUGGAGAAAGCCAGAAACUUGGUGAAAAGAAAUCUUUCUU